CCACCAGUGACACCUGGGCCACUGCUGUCAGAUAAUUUUGCAAUAAAUUAUUUCCACGUUGGAGGAUUGCUUCAUUAUUACUGCGUGUAAAUAUGAGAGGGCCCAAAGAGGAAGUCUCACCCUCUCUUUCGGCAGCCAGACACACUCACUACCCAUCACCGUCCCUUAAAGUAUCAUCUGAACCUGAGUGGAGCCAUUCUGGGUGACAGAUGCUGAGACACCACUUUCCUGAGCACCCUGGGAUUUUGGGGAGAGCCAGUUUACAGCCCAAGCUGCAGGAAGCAGCAAGAAAUCAGGCAGCAGCAAUGAACUACCUGGAUGAAGUUCCCUUCCGGACAGCCAUGAGCCUCAGUGGGGACUCAGAGGGAGAAAUCCCUUUAGUCACUGCCCCGGACAUUGAGCUCCCUGACUGCACCGACAUCCUCAUGAGCACCAUGCACGACUUCUCGCUGGAAAGGAAGGUGCUGUACUGGGUGGAGGUGGCCUCUCAGCAGCAGACCUCCCGCCAUCGAGUCACCUCCGAAGUCGUCCCCACGGCUCCCCCGUGCUGGCUGCUGCUGGUGGACCCUGCCGACAGCUACGGGGGGCGGGGUCGGGACGGGGCGGUGCGGCGCUCCAUCAGCCUGAGCGCUGCCGACAGCUCCUACGGGCACGCCCGGGGCAGGGCGGCCCUGUCCGACACCGAGAGCGACACCUGGCACUCAGACGAGGGCGAGUACUCGGAUGAUGAGUACUCCUCCACCUCUUGGGAAGAGAAUGACAAGGACGAGUCACACCUCUCCAGGAGGAGAAGCUCUGCGAGAAGUGUGUCUUCACGGCCCGGCUUUUACCAGACCCGACCAAAGACAUCACCCGGCUUGCUGGAGCCCUCGCCAGAGAACAAUGUCCACAGCCCAGCCAGCCCAGACCCCAGCAAGCAGAGAAGAUCCAUGGUGAUAUUUAACAACAUGAAGAACGAGCUAGAAGCUGCCAGGAGGAAGCUGGCUGCUUUGGUGCAUCCUUUGAACAGAGCUGCCACAGGGAACAGGGGGAUCCUGGUGCCACGGCUGCUGCCCCAGUGCCCCGGCACCAACGGCAGCGUCAAGUACAGGCCAGAUCCAGACGUGUCCCAGCAGGGCACUGCUGUGCCAGCUCCUCCAGACACAGCCUCACCAAUCCCUCCCAUCAAGCAGCACAAGCCCACGGUACCGUCCCUCAGCCCCUACACUUGCCUCCCCCCUGCCUCCACGCCUGGACGACCUCUGAGCUGCCACAGAUCCCAGCCAGAUUCCUCGGCUGACCUGCUCUCUGCCCUGAGCCAAGAGGAGAGAGACCUCAUCGAGCCCGUCAUAGCCCUGGGCUACCCCACCCAGAAAGCCAUCCUCACCCUCCAGAAGACAGGAAGGCAAAGCUUAAGUCAGUUCCUGAGCUACCUGGGUGCCUGUGAUCGGCUGCUGAAGCAGGGCUAUGAGGAAGGGCAGGUGGAGGAAGCCAUGGAAAUGUUCCAGUACUCGGAGAAGAAGGCAGCUGAAUUCUUGCAUCUGUUGGCUCAGUUUAAUGAUAUGGGCUUCCAGCAAAAUGAAAUCAAAGAAGUUCUUUUGCUUUGUGGGAAUCAGAGGGAGAGGGCGCUGGAAGAGCUUGUGAUGAAAACGCACUGAGCAGCAUCCUGGAGCAGUCACAGCUUCCCCUCUUCACACCAGACCAGAAGGACUCAGGUGAUUGUGCUGCUCCAUCCCCACCCCUGGAAGCACCAGAUACACAAUUUCAAAGCUCUGCCUUGGAGUCUCAUUUUAUGGACAUCGAUCAUAAGAGUGUUUGUCGUGCAGGCACUGACUGCAUAGCAGGAAUGUUUAUCUCCUCACCCACACAUCCCCACCCUUGAUCAUCUCAGCUAUUCAGAUUAGAGAAGAUCCAAAUUGCCUUUGGCUUAGAUUUUUGCAAAAACCAAACCAAACCAGUGUUCUCCCUCCACCUGGGGUGAUGGGUGUAAGUUUUCAGCUACAACAAAGUGGGGAUUCUUAAAAGAUUAUAUAAAUCAACAGAAUAAAUUGUUUUCCUAAAAUCUGAA